CAGCAAUUAAUUCCCUAAUACGAUAGUUCAAGUGUUUGGUGUAAAAGGUGGACAUUGAGAAUAUUCUGAUUUCUCCAAAUUUCGAACCCAAUAAAAACAUGGAAGAGCUUCUUCGAGAGUGGGAACUUGCCCAACUGAUUCCUAUCUUUCAAGAUAACGAUGUCACCUUAGAAAUUCUUCCGAAAUUAACGGAAAGUAUGAUAAAAGAAUUAAUUCCUAAUAUAGGGACACGAGUGAGAUUCAGCGAAUGUUCUAAAAAAUAUUUUGGAAUAGUGGAAACCCCCUUCUAUCAGGCUAAUAACAAUUUGGAGAAUUUUGAUAUAAGCUUUUCUGAGAUAAUUACUGAGGAGAGAGAAGUAUCUGAAUCAACUGAAAGUACAACAUCAGUUGCAACAAGUUUAAAUUCUGAAGUAGUCAUUCCCCUUGAUAACAGGGAAAUAUCUUUCCAUUCUCAAGAACAGCUAGAUUCAUAUAAAAUAGUGUUUCCAGAGUUUGAUCUGAGAACAUUAUUGAUAACGUCUCCAUUAGGGAAUAGCAUACUAACUUUUUAUGAAUCUAAUAAAAUGCUGGAUAAUACAAGGAGAAAUAUUAUGGUAGAUAUCAUAAUGAAACAAAUGUUCAAGUACCAUGUAACUCAUAGAAUGAAACAUGAAGAUUAUAAUAUUAUAACAGCCAAAAUCAUCACACUUUUUCCAACAGAAGCAACUCAAACUUACUAUAUACCUUCUAUCAGAAAAAACGAUUCUUUCAACAGACGUUCCAUUGUUGCGAGGGGCAAAUUGGUGGACAAGGCCAGGAAUCUCAUUCAUAAAAGUGGACUUAGUACUCGGAAAAGGAAGUUAGAGUCUAGAAGUUAUAUUCCAGCAAAAGUAACGACAUUCACCGAAGAAGAAAUUGAAUCACAUAAAUUCCUCAGAACAAGGACCGAACCGUGGGAGGAAAUAGUCUACCACUGGAAUAGAACGUUCAAUUCAAGAAGGACUGAAAGUGACCGUAGUUUAGGUCUGUUUUUGGCAAAGUGGCCAAUUCUUGAGGAUCCAAGAGCAGCCACACUGAUUGAUUGUGACUUCGACAGACUUUUUCCUAAUCAAGGACUGAACUUCUUUGGGAAUUGGGAAAAAUUCUUCAAUGAAGUAUUCAUAGCUAGGAGGGGCACUAACAAAUAUAAUGAAAUAGAGGAAAUUCUCAAGGAAGAUAUCAAUGAGAAUUGUAAGUUAGCUGUCCAUUUAUUGAAUGUUGCAAAAUUGAUACCCCCGAAGGGAAGAAAGUCUCUUGGAAAAGGAAAAUUCUGGAAAUUUACUGUUCAAGAAUGUACUGACUCAAUUAUAUGCCAUGCUAAGAUUCCAAGUGAUGUACCAGAGAUAGUGGAGGUUCAAAGAAAGAAUGCUGCAGCCAAGUCAGUAACGGUACAACCCUACCUUAUAAUAGAGGGUCACGACGUGCGAGACAUUACGAAUAUAUAUAUUGUGAUAGACACGGUCAGGUAUCAUUUCAAUUCACUCACAAAGGCGUUUGAUGUUUGUUUUAAAUCUUUCCAUGUGUUUAAUGCGGAAUAUCCACCACAGUCCGAGCAUAUUUGGCAUCUCAUUGCUCACAUAAUGUACAAAUUACCUUUAGAUAAAAAAACUCCAUAUAUAAUGGACAUAGUGGCCCAUUUCCAAUCUGAUAAUAAAUAA